AUGGAUAUAAUCAGGAAGAUUGGCAACGUCGGCGGCGUCUUCACCUAUGUAAUCUCCAGGUGGGCGCUUGCCACCUUCACCGUGGCUAUAUUGUUGAACCGCACCCAGUUCUAUGCUUCUUCUCGCAUCCCGCUUGACUUCCACUGGCAUGUCCGCGCAGCCAUCUAUUUCAUACCCAUUUUGUUCCUGCUAUACCAGACAAGGUACCUCCUGCAGGCCAUACGCUGCCAAACAUCGCCUGCUUGGUCUGAAAUGCGCUAUGAUGAUGCGAAGCAGCCCCUUGCGGUAGACAUGGCCGGUGAGGGAGGAGUCCUCCACAAGAUGGCCUCGAAUCUGCUAUACUGGGAGGAUGACGUGGCUUCUUGUGCCGCCGUCAAUAUGGCCAAUCCGGAACAGGAUUUCCUGAGUCUGUCGGGUUCGCUAUCACGACUCUGGCCGCUAUUCCUAACCCUUUGUGGGAGCCAGUUUGUGGAAACUAUGGCAUGCGCUCUGCAGGGUCGGGCACCUAUGCCUGAGACCGGCAUGACGAUUUUUGAACACUCUCUUGCCUUUUCGGAAGCGGAAGCCAUGAUCAUGAGACCUUUCGAUAAUGGUGGAUCGACAGCAGUCGUAACGAGGCAUGACGGCUCUACCAUGAAGCUCAACAGAGGCCUUCUGCUACAGAUACUCAAUGUACCUCCAGAGGUUUUGGUCAUGGCUGUUAUAUCCGCUUUGAGUCACCUCAGCAGCAAUGUGCUAGCUAUAGCUGGCUUGAGAACUCGCUUUCGCUUGGCCAAUACAGGCGUCUGGGGCAUCGCCUACAUGGGCGUUUUCAUUUGGACUUUUCUAAGAAUUACCGGUGCUGUCGAAGGACCUGCGAACGACAUCGGUAUUCUUCGGAUCCCCACAGUCUGUAUCGUCGGUUUCAUUCCUCACAUUCUCAUCAUUCUUGGGCUGUGCGCCUGCGCAACGAUAUAUGGGAUUGCGUUAGUCGUAACGGCUUUUUCUUUGCCGCCAAGUGACGACCAGCCUUUGACGUUGAGGCAGAAGUUCAGAGCUGCCUACGAGAACCUUCAAGCCAAUGUUCACUUUUCGGGAAGCACACCCAUCAGUGUUAGCUGGCGGGAUGAUUUCUACACUGCUCUAUUGAAAAUCGGGUUCACGGUUUUGACUGCAGCAAGUGAAGCAGUUUUCCUGAAUGAAGGCACACGCGUCCGUGUGAGCGACAUGACCUGGCUUGAAGAGAAGAGAAUUAACGAAAUAGCGGAGCGGAGAGGUUUGGUCCAGAGGACUAUAGAUUCCAUCCCAGUGGAACUUCGGGAGGACUUUGUGGCCGAAGGUGUCAUGUCAAAAGACGUGCUUGACGAUGGUACUUCGGCACGUUCAGGAUAUGCCCGAGAGCGAAAGACGCGUGGCCAGAAGAGCGUGCCGGAAGCCAGAGCUGCCGCCCGUGACAACGGCGUGGGUUUACUUCAGCGGCGAGGACGCUGGGUUAUGACGGUUGAGUUCACGAAAGGUCUCCUGCAGCUGGCUGCUGCCAUGAAUGCUAGGUUCAUGAUCUCGCUUUUGAACAGGCUUGGAGUAACACGACGCCCUCAAUGGUUGGCGCGACUUGCGGGCAUGGGACAAGAGGCUGGCUUGAAAGGAGACAGGUCCGCAGCUUCGGAACCGGCAUCUCGGUCAAGACAACGGGAUUUCUGGAUCCUCAAGCCCGAUGGUUCGCUUAGCCUGCCGCCAAACGACCAGGUAGAUGUCGAGGUGGAGACCAAGAAGAGGCUGGAGUACAACAAUCAGAAGUACUUCAAGGAAGAGUUGACCGAGGAAAACCUCAACUCCAACCUCUACUCUUGGUGGAAGAGCGGCGGCUGGUGGGGCGAACUGGACUCAAGCGGCGACUAUCAACCGUCACAGGACGCAGACGACGACGCGACGAGCGUCAUCUCAGUCUCAACAAACGCGACCACCGACGACGAAAGCUGGUCCGAUGUCAGCCACGAUGAUAACGAUGAUGGCCGUCGCACGCCCACACAGGAAGAUCCGUUCCCACAGCAGCGCAGCACGCCCCCCUCAGACGCCGCCAUCGACCCCGCGCACCUCGCCCGCCUCCUCGACCCCCAGUCCGAUGAGGACAAAGCCGACGCCCAACUCCUCGCAACCCACCUCCGCAGCCCCGGCAUCCUCACCCGCUCCCAGUACCGCAAAGCAAUGGAGCGCGACCGCGCGCGCAUCCUGACGUCAUCGCGGGGACGCCUAUUCAACAACCGCAGUGGCAGCGGCGGCGCGCAGCACGGCGCGGCGCCCAUGACACCCGAAGAAGAGGAGCGCGCGCUUGAGCGCUUCAUCCUCGAGCGGCGUCACGCGUCUGCCACUGGCGCGUCUACUGCCAACAACGGCGGCAACGGCGACACGUGGGAUUCGGGCGCGGCGGGCAUGGGCGCCGGCGGCCCGCAGUGCGUUGUCUGCCAGGCGAGUCCGCGAACCGUGCUCGUGUGGCCGUGUGGUUGCCUCAGUUUGUGCGACGACUGCCGCGUGGGUCUCGCGACGCGGAAUUUCGACAAGUGCGUGUGUUGUCGGGCGGACGUGGCGGCGUAUUCGCGGCUGUAUGUGCCAUGA